AGCGCUUGCAAACAAGCAUGGCACAGGCCCUGGAGGAGAAAAUCUAGGGGAGCCAAACAGAGAAGUAUGACACUUAAUUGAGGCAUCAGGGAGAUUAAAAUAAAUUUGAGGAUUGUGUCAGGCAGCGAUGGAGAUCAUGGAUGCACAGUGUGCCUUGGAGGCUGUGGAGAGGCUGCAAGCCAAACUGAAGGAGAGAGGGGAGGCUCCCACUCAGGAAAAACUAACCCUGCUAAAGACUGUCCUACAGAGCCCCCUGUUCCUUCAUAUACUCAGCUUGCAGCAAGCCCAGCAGAAGCCCUCGGCGAAGGGGAAGGGCAUUUCCAAGUCUCUGUCCAUGAACUGUGGCCCAUGCCAGGGCUUACCUCUUGAUGUGAAGACGCUGAGCCAUAGUGACUCAUAUACAUGGGCCAUGGAGAACCGAAGGCCCAGCAAAACCCUCCAGAGGGAUGGCAGCAUCUCCUCUUUAGGCUCACAGGAGCUGUCCCUUAUAGACAUCUACCAAGACAAACCCACUCACAUGGAAUCUCAGUACUGCACUCCUCCUCGAAUCUCUCGCACCAUGUCAAUGGGGAGAAACCUUUCUGCUAUUGCACAUGAGAGGCGUCAUGUGGAGAUAAUAGAACUGAUCAAUGAUGGGAAAGGACUUGGUUUUGGUAUCGUUGGAGGAAGGAGCACAGGCGUCAUGGUCAAGACCAUUCUUCCUGGAGGAGCAGCUGGAAGGGACACUCGCCUGUGUAGUGGAGAUCAGAUCCUGCGCAUCGGAGACACAGAUUUAGCAGGCAUGAACAGUGAACAGGUGGCCCAGGUGCUGCGAAAUGCUGGUACCAAGGUGAAGCUGCUCAUUGCCAGGGAUGUUACCAAGGACAAUCACCUUUCCUCUCCUGUCCUCACCCAGUACAGCUUGGAUGGCAAGCUCAAUGACUCAAGCGAUGACUAUGAGUUCAGCAUGCAGUUUACUAAAAACAGUCGAGGGUUGGGAUUUACCAUUUCAAGCUAUGUGGGAGACCUAAACUCAGUCUACAGUGCUGGCGUGAUGGUAAAAAGCAUAGUGGAAGGCAGCACUGUCAGUCAAGAUGGACGCAUGCAUGUUGGGGAUAUCAUCCUGGCCGUAGAUGGAGUGAGUCUUCAGGGCUGCAGUGAACAGCGUGCCUUGGAAGUGCUCAGGAGGACAGGUCCCCUGGUCAGACUGCGGCUGCUGAGAAAAGCUGUCUGUCUGAGUCACAUCCUGCCUGUAGUUCCGCCUCUGCAACCCCUACGACACUCCCACAGUUUUCAUGCAGGAAACCCAUACAAAGUUGGCCUCACCAAGAUUCAAGAGACAGGAAUUUGUUCUCUGCGUGAAAUCUCCCGGCGAGCAGCAUAUGCCAGCAGACGACCCCGACACGAUUCCAGAGUCGGUGUAAAACUGACUCUAGAUGAAGAGGAAAACCUGACGAAGAGGUGGCAGCGCGCACUUGGACCUCGAUAUGACGUGACUGUGUGUCAGCUUGAGCGGUUCAGUGAGACCAGUGGUCUGGGCAUCAGUUUGGAGGCUCGGGCAGGACAUCACUAUUUGUGUUCCAUCUUACCUGAGGGACCUGUUGGCCAAAGUGGCAAGGUCUUUAUUGGAGAUCAGAUAUUAGAGGUGAAUGGGAUCCCCCUUAUUGGAGUGACACAUAAAGAGGUGGUCAGUAUUCUGAAGGGGCUCCCGGUGCGCGUAUACCUUGUGUGUUCUCGCAUUGUGCCGCCUUCAGUCCUUGACAGUGAUGAGGAAGAUGACGGUGUCCAUCUCAGCAUGAAAGAGCUGCUGGCUGAAUUCAAUGACAAGCUGGACCAGGGCUGUGUUAUCCCUUGUCCUACAGCUGAGGACAUUACCAAGCGUGGUGUGCCCCCUAUGUCACCUCCUCUGGCCAUGUGGGAGAAAGAGGCUCAAGUGGUGGAGCUGGAAAAAGGCGAGUUGGGACUGGGCUUCAGCAUCCUGGACUACCAGGAUCCAGAGGAUGCAACCAAAACAGUCCUGAUAAUCCGGUCCUUGGUGCCUGGAGGUGUGGCAGAUCAAGAUGGUCGCCUGUUACCUGGUGACCGAUUGAUGUUUGUUAAUGAAACUGACCUAGAAGGCUCGAGUCUGGAUUAUGCUGUACAUGUCCUAAAAUCCACUGGCUACGGUCCCGUCCACAUUGGUGUUGCCAAACCUCUUCCACUGGAACUGUGCGGCGGCUUGACGCCCAUCUCAGAGAGGAGCACACGGGCUUCAUGCGAUGACACAGACAGCCACACUCUGAUUAGCCUGCUAGCUGAGCCGGCUGAGGCUAAUAUCAACACAACUUGGAACUUUGAAGACAAGAGUGUCUACCAGCCGUGUUACACGGAAAACCAGCUGCGUCAUCGUUUCGUUGUCAUGGAAGAUGACAGUAAACAGCAAGCUCCACCUCUGCCACCUCGCACAAGCUUUGAGAGGACAAUCACUGUUGUCCGGGGCAACCGUAGCCUUGGAAUGUCGGUGAGUGCUAUCAAGGAUGGCUCAGGCAUACUGGUGCGCAGCGUGGUCCAGGGGGGCUCUGUUUGCCAGGAUGGCAGGCUGGGGGUGGGGGACGCCAUCCUGGCCAUCAACGGAGAACCUGCCUCCAACCUGACCAGCGCCCAGGCCAGGGCUAUGCUCCGCAGACACUCUGUUACAGGGCCAGAGAUAAGUAUAACUUACGUUCCAGCUAACCAGGUGGAUGAACACCGAACUCGCCUGUGUUUGCCCCCUCUGGCAUCCAUCUCGACAGACAGCGCCUCCUCCUCACCCAUCUUACCAGCUCCUUCUCCUGAGCCUACAUCAGCCCCAGCCAGAUCCUCCAGCCCCCUGGCUUCAUCCAAGCUCAAACCAUCUGCCUCAGUCAAAUUUAAAGCUGCAACUCCAGAUCCCGCCGCAGUCAGACCUUCUGCUUCAUUUAAAGCUCCAUUUAAAGGCCCAGCCAUAGUCCCUACCAUCACCCCGGCCUCAGACUUAAGUUGGCAGAUUCCAAAAGCUUUACCUCAAAAGAAUAAGGAAGAGGAAAAAUAUGGAGGCAUUGUGCAGGACAAAGGGGACAAGAUGAAUGCAGAUGUGGAAGCACCAAAACCAGAAGUGCAGAUAAAGCUGGAUGGUAAAGAAGAAGGACAUGAAGAGCUUCAUUGUGACGCCACAGUGUCUUGGGAUCAAUCUAGAAGUGUGAUACUGACACGAGCACCAGGCCAAUCCCUGGGCAUCAGCAUAAUGGGAGGCAGAGGGAUGGGCCGAAGACUGAGUAGUGGAGAGAUGAUGAGGGGUGUCUUCAUCAAACACAUUAGCCCAGACAGCCCAGCCACACGGGAUGGCACCCUAAGGACUGGAGACAGGAUUCUCGAGGUGAGUGGUGUGGACGUAAGAAAUGCCAGCCAUGAGCAGGCAGUAGAGGCCAUCCGCAGGGCUGGAGACACUGUGGUACUUGUCGUCCAGUCUGGGCAGCUAAAAUCUUCGUCUUCUUCAGUCUUCAAUCAUGAAAGACUAAGUCCAACGUCAUUGUCCAACUCACACAACAGCAAGGAAGCAGAUACUCUCAGCAGUCUUUUCCUUAGUCUCUCCCCUGCAAACCCCUUCACUCCCACCCCCUUUAAGGCGCCUUCACCAACAUCGGAUAAGAUGGAUCAGAAAAGCCCUGCGAAUGUCACGCCAGUCACAAUGGUAGCAGAAGAUGGGGACGACACCAGCAGGAAAAAGAUGCUUCAGCGCUAUGGCAGUCUGUCAGGAAAGCUCCACAUGAUUGAGCUGGAGAAGGACCCUGCAGCUCAGGGUCUGGGAAUCAGCCUCGCAGGAAACAAGGACGGCUCCAGGGCUCGCAUGAGCGUCUACGUGGCAGACGUAGACCCUCGAGGCCCCGCCGGUUUGGAUGGGAGGAUACACGUUGGGGAUGAGCUACUGGAGAUCAACGGUCAGAUCUUAUACGGCCGGAGUCACCAAAAUGCCUCCACCAUCAUCAACAAUGCUCCAUCUAAAGUCAAAAUCAUACUGAUCAGAAAUAAAGCAGCUCAAAUGGUCACUGUUAGUAGACAGUGUGAAGACACAGUGGACUCCCAUCCAGACACUGCAGAGGGUGGAGAAUCAUCCACACAAAUGGAGCAUAUUAUCCUUCCUCAGGAUCAUGUAGGUCUGGGCCUUUGUGUUGUAGAGGAUGUUUCCAAAGGAGGAGUGGUGGUCAGGUCCCUGAUCCAGCAUGGCACUGCCAGUAAGGACGGCAGGAUAAAGGUUGGGGACAUAAUCAUAGCGGUGGGAGAUGAACCUGUGGCUGGACUCUCAGUGGAAAAGGUGUCCAGUUUGAUUCUCAAGCACCAGGUCACUGUCAAGCUCUCCAUCAGCCGUCCCAAGAGUCCCUCUUUCUCCUCUCCUCUACCUCACUCUUCAUCACUCUCAUAUUCGUGCUCACUGCCCUCUUCUUCCCCCCAACUCCUUCAGGUCUCCCUCCCCUCCUCUUCAUCUCCCAGCACCACCCAGGCCUCUACUGUGGGACAUUCUGAUUGGCUAGACACUACUCCCACAACUUCUGACCCCCUGAGCUGCCCAGUUGUUGCUGGAAGGGAAACAACCAUAGAGAUUUGUAAAGGAAAUUUAGGCCUUGGCCUCAGCAUUGUUGGAGGAUGUGACACUCUGCUGGGGGCAGUAAUAAUCCAUGAAGUGAAUGAUGGAGGAGCAGCACAAAGAGAUGGAAGACUGCAGGCUGGAGACCAGAUAUUAGAGGUAAAUGGCAUAGACCUGCGGCAGGCCACACAUGAUGAGGCCAUCGCUGUGUUGCGGCUCACCACUCAGCGUGUUCAGCUGUGUAUCUUCAGGCACCAGGAGGCCUACAGGGAGGAAGACCUGUGGGAUGUCUUCAGUGUGGAGCUCAGGGCUCGUUCUGGAGAGGGACUGGGGUUCAUGACUGUGGGGAAGAGUAAUGACACAGGCAUCUUUGUGUCAGAUAUCAUCAGAGGAGGUGUAGCAGAUUCAGAUGGCAGGUUGUUGCUCGGUGACCAGAUUCUGUCAAUCAAUGGGGAGGAUGUCCGCGCCGCACUGCAAGAGCAUGCACAGAAGCUUCUGCAGAGUUGCAGUGAAGCAGUCCACCUGGAAGUAGCUCGUUUUAAGGCUGGGGUGCAGUGUCCACAGAGGAGUCAGGAGUAUUUUAAGUUUUGUUUUAUCCAGAACGAAGACUCAGACUGCUCUACUCUGACACCCCAAAGUGGAUGUGAUGUGUCCUUCAGCCAGCAGAGGGAGACAGACAACAAAACAGGAAGCUGUAGACUUCAACACCCUGACAGCAAAAAAGUAACCAUACAAAGGGGUCCAUGCGGCUCCCUGGGCAUCAGCGUAGCAGGAGGAGUGGGUAGUCCCCAUGGCAACGUUCCUCUUUUUAUUGCUGCCAUGGAUACCAAUGGACUGGCCGCCAAAACAGGGAAAUUACAGGCAGGAGACAAGAUCCUUAGCAUCAAUGACAUAUCCACUGAGGGAAUGACUCAUGACCAAGCUGGAGCCUUGCUGAAGAACGCCACCGGCCCCAUCAGUCUGCAGGUGACAGCAGAUUUUGAUGGAUGCAGCACACAGGAUCACAGAGGCAUGCAUGUCGCAUCGUCAGGCCAACCGUGCAGCCUGACCUGCUUCCCCAACAGCCUCUGUCCUCGCAUGUAUAAGACCAUCACACUGGAGAGAGGCUCGUCAGGCCUGGGCUUCAGCAUUGUAGGAGGUUUUGGCAGCCCUCACGGAGACCUGCCAAUCUACAUUAAAACUAUCUUUAACAAGGGGGCGGCCAUAGAGGAUGGCAGGUUAAAACGUGGUGAUCAGAUCAUUGCUGUGAAUGGACACUGCCUGGAGGGUGUGACUCACGCUGAAGCUGUGGACAUCCUGAAAAAGACCAAAGGAACCAUAGUCCUCACUGUACUCUCCUGAGAAACGGCCCACCGUGUUCUAUUUUGAUCACAUUUGACUAAAAUAGCUCCACGGGGAUGUUGUUGUUGGAGACCUGCAACAUGCACAUAUGAGCAGGUACACACAGACAGUUAUGAGACAUUUCUGAAAGCUUAAAUGUAUCUGUGUUUAAUUUCAGGGAAGCUAACCUCUAACUGCAAACACAGCUCGGGUGUGUUUACAUGUAAAUCUUCUCUGAAGUCAUCUGCUUGUGUGACAUGAAUCUUCAAACCGCUGUCAUGAAUAAGCAAAAGAUUCUGCUCCUACAAAUAACUUACAAAAGAGACACUCACAUAAAUCAAGGGUUGUUUCUAGUAGUCCAGUGUGAACGUGCAUUAUCACUCAUAGAAACGCUCAUGCGUAAUAUUUAAGUUGCUGUCCUCAGAUCUUAUGAA